AUGAUAUUGAGCCUCAUCAGUACUGCCCUCCUGAUCCCGGUGCUGUUGAAGGUCGACAAUCUGGCGGUGGAGGAGUGGCCGUAUGCGAUCCUGCCCAACACCCUACUCUCCAUCUUGACCAACGUCACCAAGACCGCCAUGAUGGUCCCCAUCGCUGCUUGUCUCAGCCAGAUGAAAUGGGACCAUUUCCAGUACCGGGCAAAUCCGCUUGACCAUCUCCAACUGUAUGACGACGCCAGCCGUGGCCCCUGGGGCUCGUUCAUACUGCUGAUUACCGGACGCGCCAAAGUCCUCAGUGCGUGGGCCUUCGCCAUCGUCACUCUGGUAGCAUUGGGCAUCGAGCCAAGUACCCAGCAGACGAUCGAGACUCGCACUAAAUUGGCCUACAUGACAAACACCACGGCACUCGUUGGGCAAGCCCAAAAUUACUCCUCGAGAGCUCUGGUUGCCACCUCAUUUCAGGGUUAUAAUGGAGCGCCACACGAGCCAAACUUGCACACGCUGGAACUCCAGACCUCGAUUCUGAAUGGCGCUGCAGGGUCCCCUCCGACUGUGGAGUUCCACUGCCCAGAGCCCGCGACUGAAUGUUCCUGGGACGAAUUCGAUACUCUAGCCGUCUGUGGGACUUUCCAGAACCUGACCGGUACCCAGUCAUACAAUCGAAGCUGCGAGACCCGUGGUCGCUCUAGCGCUGGCGGUGAUAUCUAUUGCACCUACGAAUUCCCAGACAGUCUUCCCCUCGAACUACGCCUCGACGCAGGUCGGACGGGGUCGACAUCGCUCUUCAACUCCACUCCCAAUGUAGACGGCAGCACGUUGUUCGCGGUUAACACCACGAAUUCCACCACGUUCACAUCCGAGGUCUACUCGAUGUCCUGGAACUGGUGCAAGAAGACCUUCCACAACGCCACCGCGUCGCCAUCCGGCCUCCGCCACGCAAACGUGACCACGCAGGAUCUUGAAUUGUUCGCGGAGAAUUCGCUCUACGUGGGUCUCAAUCCCUCAUACGCCUAUUAUAAGGAGCCCGGUUCGUCAACCCCCGAGUUCAACAUCUCCAUCUCCGUCGACAGGGGCCUCUUCGCCUACAUCACGACCCUCUUCACCCGCGAGCUGCGCUCCGCGACGAGGCAGCAGAUGGUGGAGGACUCCCUGAACCUCGCGGAGUUCAUGUACCUCACCGACCUGGCGAACCUGACGACCAACAUCGCCGACACCCUGACCGCGCAGCUGAGGAGUGCCGGAAAGGACAACACUAUGGCGACGACAGUGGAGGGGAUGGCUAGGUACCGCGAGACGUACUAUCACGUUCGCUGGCCCUGGAUCCUCGUUACCGUCGUCGAGGUCGUUGCGACGGCGGUGCUUCUCGGGGUGUCGAUCGUGUUGACGCGGAGGCAGCCGCUGCUGAAAGCUUCUUCUAUGGCUUUGCUGGCUUUUGGGCUCCACGGCUGGACGGAUGAGGAGAUUCAGGGGGUGGGGGCACCGACGGACCUGGACAAUAGCUCUAAGGGGAUGUGGGCACGUUUUGGGCAGGACGAGGAGGGAUAUUUGAAGUUCUUGAGGUCCGAUGGCGCCGGAAAAUGA